UCGCUGCAUGAAUGCGCCAAUGGUGUUGCUGUCUCUUUGCAGCAUGGUGUUUUCGCUCCCGCAUUUGAAGUGGGAUGAGCCUAUAGAUCACUUGGAGCUCUUCGCGGGGGUGUGCAGCAUCAGCCGCGGUGAGUGGGAGGAGAGACGUUCUGCGAUCGCCAUGGACUUGAAGUUUGGCGCAGAGCAGGACAUACUGUCAAACGUUGGCUUCUGCAACAUGGUUUACCAAGUGCUGAACUUGCGUAAGCCAGAGGCUGUGGAUUUCAACGACUUUGUGGACAGGACCUGGAAGCCGCCCAACAAGAAGAAGCUGGUGGUCAAGUACAAAGACUCCAAGGGCAAGAACAGAGUCAAAGGAAGUGGCGCCCUAAAAGCGAGCGAAGCCUAUCCACGAAUGCUCGGAAAAGGAGUGGCUCGCGUCACCACCAGGUAUCGAAUGCGGCACCACCGGGAAGCGCGGCAGUUCCUGCGUGCAGCGCUGAGGGAUGACAGGGCUGCUGCAGAAAGCAGUUCUAGGGUCAACAAGUUCUGGGUUGACCAGGCCAACCUGACACCUGUGCUGGCAUACUUAGGCCAGCAGUAG